UAUUAAGCAUAUUUUAUCAAGCAUGUUCCGCGUCAUAACGAGAGCUGAGAGUCGCUUUGGUUUGUAGCAGGCAGACGGCUGCAGUUAAAUGAGGAUAAUCAGAUUAUGCGAAACCUGCAUGGACCUGUUUUAAUUAAACAGAAAUUUUAAAAAGACUUCUUAUCAUGUCCAGCCCGGUUCAAACCACAUCGGACAGUCUGUGUAAACUCGUCCGCUGGGCUCACAGCCACGGAACCAUCUGCAACCUCCUCCCCAGCCUGCAGCACAUCACCCGCGGCUCCUGCAGCAAUGUGCUGACACCUGAAUCAGGUCACCGUGGUGGCAGCAUCCCUGUUGCCGUGUGGGGCUGUGGCGCAGGACAUGCUUACCACUGGCCCCUUGGUGAAGAUGCCAACAGUUGUGGUGGGUCAGCAAGUGCCAGACAAGGCCAGGACAGAUUUGCAGGAGGGCAUCCAUCCAAUAAGGCUGCAGUGAGAACGUCACGUGACUAUAGCGAAGCAGCAUCAGAGGGCGAGGAGUUCAGCAGUCGGCUGUUUGACAUUGCCGCAGGUGAUUCGUCAGCCACAGAUGAGGAUGGCGACUAUGAGCCCCGGCCAUCUAGGAAAAGAAGUGGGGCACAGGGAGGAGCCAUCGCUGCAAAGAAGGUGAAACAGGAAUCCGCCUCAGUAGAUGAUGAUGAUGCUGAGCUCCCAGAGACAGACCCAGUCAGUGUUUUGGAGACUUGUCAGGCACCAAGCACAUACUCUCAAAUCACACAAACACUGGUGCCCAAAAAAGUCCUCUCAUCUUGCUGUCAGCCCCAGAAUGGACAACACAUGGGGUGUGAGGGGUUAGUGGACCCAGAGAUGGAGGUACUGGGAGGAGGCAGCUGCACAGCAGGGACCACGGAGCAGGCCGAGGGAUGCAGCUCUGCCACAGAGACUACAGUGAAGAAUGCAGCUGGAGGGGGUGAGAGUGAGCUGGAGAAGCUGCGUGCACUGCUUUUUGCAGAGCGCUGCCGAAAUCAACAGAUGACAGAGAUGAUCUCCAAUCUGAAGCAGGACAAAGAGCUGCUGCAGCAUGAACUCACGAAGAAAGCCGAGCUCAUCUGCGACUUCCUCCAGGACAAACUCCGCCCAGAGAAGAGGUGGCCUCAUUGUUCUACUCAGGUAGAACCAGGAAGCUCACACAUGACCUCUUCCGACGAUGCGGCCGGGUUUGAUUCGCCAACGCUAUUUGACUCAUUUGAGGAAGUGGAGCUUCAUCCUCUGGAGCAUCACCGGAGCCUGAAGAGCAAGAGGAGCCGGGACGGAGAAAACACUCGAGUCAGGAUGAAAAACGUGGUAGGUGUAAUAGCACGCUACAUGGCUGCCCUCCAGGAGUUUCGGCGCAGCGUCUCCAUGAAGGUGGCGUUCGACCGCAUCGGUGUGGACCGUAACACGAUAUCUCGUACGGCAGCCAUAGCUGAGCUCAGCCUGGCUGCUCCAGAGGUGUUCCACGCGCUGGCACCAUGGGAUGAGAAAGAGGAGACGCUGGCACACUACGCCCACCGCUGCCGACAGGCGAUGGACGACACCAUUAAGGCCAAGAUCAAAACGAUGAAAGCGAAAGGAGAACUGUUGCCCAUUGUGUCAAAGUGACUAUUCCAUAUAUGGUUCUUGGUCCCUCUGACCGAACCAUAGGCCUACAAAACAUCUCCAUACUUUGUGUAGAGAAAAAUACCCAAAUCAGAGAAAAAGACCACCCUGGGAUUUAUAGUAUCAUUUACAUCAAACCGUACAGUGUGAAUUGUAUUCUGGCUAUCGUGGGUGUAGAACUGGGUCUUUUUGCUUCCUGUCCAGUGAAUUUUUUUCUUGUAUGGUUACGAAACAGAAGUGUGAAACUGAGUCUUGUUUAAGUACACUGCAGACUCGACUGCUCAGAAUUCAUCAGUUUCCAUAGCAGCAGUAAAUAAGACUGAUCUGUGAAAAAUUUCUAUGUAUGGUAAUAUGCAUGGCAGCAUUUAUUCUGUUACAUG